AUGCGACAAAAGACGCGUUUUGUCUGUGUCUCUGACACACACGGAUAUACGCCGUCCGAAGCGGGCUUCAAGCUACCAGCAGGGGAUGUCCUGAUUCAUGCCGGCGACUUGACAAACAAUGGAAGCCUGAAAGAACUCCGCAAGACAAUAGAUUGGAUCAGCAAGGCCGACUUUGAAAUCAAAAUCAUAGUUGGUGGCAACCACGAUGUCACCUUGGACCCGGAAUUCUACAGAGAACAUGGAAAAAGAUUCCAUGGCCAGCACCUCGAAGAUUCACAACACUGCCUCAAACUCAUCACGGAGUCGCCUUCGGUCACUCUACUUCGCCAUGAGCCCGCUCUGAUUCGUUUAACGCGAGCAGGCGGACCAAACACGGUCUUCAAAAUCUUUGGGUCCCCAUACUCCCAAUCCCAAGGAAAUUGGGCAUUCGGAUACGAAUCAAGGAAUGCUGCUGCGCUGUGGGGUCAGAUGCCAAUCGAUGCGGAUAUCGUCGUCACGCAUACGCCACCACGAUCUCACUGCGACCAAAAGCCGAAUGGAAUGUUCGUAGGGUGUGUUGCGCUUCGUAGUGCAUUAAGCCUCAUCAGGCCGCACUUAGCUGUUUGUGGCCAUGUACAUGAAGGACGAGGAUACGAACGAGUUCGCUGGCGAGGCAAGCUUACUAACACAGGGACAGAGAGAGAGACAGAGACAGAAACACAGCUAGAAUCUGAUUCAGUUGACCAAGUCACUCGGGGAAUUCUGCCACCCAUGGGCAGCAACAAACAAAGCCUAGUUGAUUUGACUGGCAAACGGGAUCAACGAAUAGACAACGAGGGGUUUUCGUAUCCCGGGCAAAGACAGCAUGAUCUAGCAGAGACUCAACCCGUGUCAUCAGCAUCACCAGGGUCAGAGUCAUCUGCUAGUAUUCUUGAAAUGGCAGGUCCACGGAACUCGCCGAGCGCUCAUCCGUCCCUGGGUACGGGUAGCCAUGGCCCCAGUAAACGUGGUUUCGAUUACGGCUUGCAAACACUAAGAAAGGAGACCUGCAUUGUCAACGCCGCUGUCGUGUCCACUAGCUGGCCGCACCAGGGAGGCAAACGGUUCAAUUCGCCGAUUGUAGUCGAUCUUGAACUUCCCGUGUGGCAGGGAGACCACGCGGUCGCGAAUAGGUGA